GGAGGGGGCUGUCCGUUUAUAAAACAGAUGCUCUGCUCCUGCAGACCAGAGUGGAAAAAAAAUCUACUAUCAGGCGAAAUGGUCAAGUGGACAGACUUCGAGCGCGCCACCAUCAAGGACAUCUUCUCCAAGAUUGACAGUGGAGUCGUCGGUUCUGCAGCUCUUUCCAGAUGUCUGACUGUCUACCCCUGGACCCAGAGGUAUUUUGGUAAAUUUGGAAACCUCUUCAACGCUGCUGCCAUAGCGUCAAAUCCCAAGGUGAAGGCUCAUGGCAAAGUGAUCAUGGGUGCCCUGGAGAUGGCUGCGAAGAACCUGGACGACAUCAAGAACGCGUACACACAACUGAGCAUCCUCCACUCUGAGAAGCUGCAGGUGGACCCUGAUAACUUUAAGCUCCUGGCCGACUGCGUCACCAUCGUUGUAGCAGGUCAGCUAGGCAAAGCCUUCACUCCGGAAGUCCACGCAGCUUUUGAGAAGUUCCUGGCAGUGGUGGUGGCUUCUCUGAGGAAGCAAUACUACUAGAGCUCCAGCGGAGUUCAAAGUCUCUCUGAGUGAAUAAAUAAAACAAGCUUUUUCAACAAA